AUGGAUUCUAUAAACAUUUCUCAAAUAAAUAAUGAAUUAACCGAAACUCAAAGAAUUCUUCAAGAAUUAUUCAAAGAUCCUUUAUUAUCAGAUUUAACAAAAACUAAUACGCCAGAGUCUUUAACAAUCGAAGAGGUCGAUACAUUAAUUGCCUUAGAAUUAGGCACAGCCUUUGAAAUAAUAAUUGAGAGAGGAUUAAUUGAAUCAUUAGUACUUGUGGUUAGACAAAAUGCGACUGUCCACGAUAUUAAAAAAUUGAUUUCGAUAAAAGUGGAAAGAGAGUUAGAAUCUCAAAAAAAAGCACCAAAUAGUUAUGACAAGUUAAAAAAGAAUAAGAAUUCUAAUCAGAAAAGGGACAACAGAAAGAUUAGGAAACUUCUUUUAGAUGAUAAAGUUCAUAUACAAGAAUUAGGAAUACGUAGUAAAAGUGUUAUAAAAUUUAUAAGAAAUGCUAAAAAUCCAAAGAAAAAUCAAAGGAAUAAUUAUAAUAAAUAA